AUGGGGAGGAAGCUAACCCAGCAUCCUGAAGUGUCUGCAUUGUCUCUGUUUAAUGUAAAACCAUUUAUUAACAGUGAACAAAUUUCCCCAGAUCUUCUUAGACCUCUGUUGGAUAGUGUAGGGAAUGAAAAUCAGACUAUUUCACCUAUGUCUUGGACAUUGGGAGAGAAAGUAAUUAGCAACUGUACUGUUAAGCUCAAGCCUUAUCUCAUGAAGGCAGUGGAGUCCUCAGGAAGAGCUCUAAAUGGGUAUGCACAGAUAGUAAGUGAUAUUUGCCAGAAUGAAUCUGAAUCUCCUCAAUGUGAUGAUUCAAAUGUAUUAAUUUGGCUGCUUAUUGGAAACCAUGGAACGAAUUUAGCUGACUUCUGCAAGUUCUCUAGAAACUUGAUUGCUGCUGUUGUUUUCAUUGGAUUGGUUGUGUCAAUGCUUCAGGUUCAGGAAGAUGAAAGCAAGCUUAAUGUUCCUAAUGAUGCAAAGGAUCAAACGUGUGAUGAAACCAAGGGGCAGGAACCUGAUGUUACUGGUCAGAGAAAUGUCCAGAGUUUAGACGAUACAGAGCCAAACAGAAGUGCCACUAUAGAUGGUGAAGCUAUAAAAAAAUCUGGUUCAAAAAGGAGAUCACAUUUUGAAAUUACUAAGAACUCCAGAAGAGGAAGUGCGAAAGCCAAGUUGGAAACUGACAAUUUAGAGUCUGCUCAGGAACCAAAAUCAGAAACUCAGCUGAAUAGUGUGCCAAGGAAGAGGGGGCGUAAGCCUAAUUCUUUAAUGAAUGCAGAAGAAGGAUAUGAUCACUCGUGGGUUUGUCGGGAAACUAAAGUUGGAAACUCAACUCUAUCCAGAAAGACUCGCAAUUGCAGCGCUCCAUUUCCAUCUUCUGAAAAAUCUACUUCAAAAACAGGUAAGUUGCAUGGAAAGCCUAAAACGGUAAGUGAAACUCCAGUUUAUGAGCCGAAAAGUGAGAAUAUAGCAAAACCUGCCAAAUCCAAAAGGACUCAUAAUAUUGCAAGUGAUUUUCCCCCUAAUGAUACAAGUGAAGGUCGUGAAGCUUUAUCUUCUAAACCUAAAACUGAUGAGUAUACUGAUGUUUCUCCUUCUAUAAAUAAUAACAUUUCUGAUGGAUGUCACAUCAAACGAGGUCAGAGAAGGAAAAAAAAUAGCAUCGGGAAUCAAGGUGUUCAUUCCAAUUCUUUGUCAAUGUUAAAGGAAGACAACUUGACUUUUGGAUUUGGCAGGUUGGAUAAGGAAUCUGAAGUAAGGAAUGACUCUGAACAAAAACCCAUUAGGAGAAUCAAAUUUUCUGUAAAGAUUGAUGGGAAACUUGUCAUGGCUCCAGAAUCAGUUGCUAAGAGGGAGCCUAAUGUUCCAUGUGGAGACGAGGGGAAACACAAAUCAUCUAUGAAUGAUGAGCUAGAAAAUAUUGAAAAGAUCAGAUUCUCAACUCAAACAAAUGUUAAGAAAAGAAGGAGGCUUGAUGCUACUCCUAAUGAGGGCCUCAACAAAUCAUCAGCUCUGAAGGAGCUGAUUGCAGAAUCUGCAAAUAAAACAUUAAAUGGUGUCAUGGAAAUCCCACAAGCAAGACUGAGGAGAAGACACAGUAAUGUAAGUGCAGAGGUAUCUGAAUCUCAUCACUGUGGUAACUCAUUGGUUGGUAGUAAAAUCAAGGUCUGGUGGCCAAAGGAUAAGACGUUUUAUGAAGGUGUUAUCGAAUCUUAUGAUCCUAUCAAAGGAAAGCACAAGAUUUUGUAUGCCGAUGGUGAUGUUGAAGUGUUGAACCUCAAAAGACAGCGUUGGAAACUAGUUGCUGUUGAUGUUUCGUUAGACGAGGAAGGACUUGCACUUCAGAGGCUUGCAGAAGCAUCAGACAUAUUGGAGUUUGGAAGAUUUGUGCAUGCUCUUAUUCUUGACUUUGACUAUGUCAAGUAUGAAUCUCUCUCUCGCACCAACCCAAGCACUAGGUAG